AUGAAAUCAAAUCGUGAGGUGGAUGGUUGGCUCAUCAAAGCACUAGUCAAGGAACAAGAAGAAGAAGAAGAAAAUCUGUUUGCAUCAAGACCUAUGGUCAGAAAGAGUCUAAGAUUUUAUUCCGAAGCGAUUCGUUGUUUUGUUCAUUUACGUUUACCUUUUGUUGCUGUUGCUGCUGUUAAAAAUUUAUUGGAUUCGAGUCUUUAUCACAAAAACACCAAAUUGCUUUUUUGUUUACAACCUCCGAGGGACAAAUUUACGGCGGAGAUCAAUGAAAAGAAUUCUUCUCGUUUAAGAGUCUCGUUCUCGUUCUGUCAAGUGAAGUUUUGUCAUUUCCUGCAUCAGGAAACAUUGUCGCUUGACAAAUGCGUUUUAAGUUGUCGCAUUGAUGACGACAACGAUGAUGAGGGGUGA